AAGCAUAUCCACUGUAAUCCUCGCAUGUACCAGUUGCAGUUGCAGUUGCAGGUGGCGUAAGAAGACGAAGAAGAAGACGAUGAGUGCUGCCAAAGUCGGCAUCGCUUCCCCGAUCAUAACCACCUCAGCGUUCUCCUUCGCCAAACACACCUAUUCUCAGCCAAACAGAAUUUGGCUUCAAUUUUCGGGCUCACCUAAGCAUAAAAGCCGUCUGAGGUUGGUGGAAUGCGCUCGUGCUUCUCUCUCAAGAACUGGGCAAGGUGCUUUUGAUCCAGAACUUCGGUUAGUGCUUGACCUUGCUACAGACUCUGAAUUAUAUGAGCUUGAGAAUAUCCUUUUUGGUCCAAGUUACUUUAGCCCUUUGCUCAAAUCGAUAACGAAGAGAACUGAUGUGGAUUACGCCAUGAUCGAAGAAGAUCUUCAAGAAAGAGAGCACUUCAUAGAAGCGCUUGAGUCUCGAUUCUUAUUCCUUGCAGCUGAUGCUCGCUCAACCUUAAGGGGUUGGAGGCCUUCGUAUAGGAAUGUUUUACUUGCUGUAAGAAAGGAGUUGAACAUUCGUUGCUCAAACAAAUUAUCAACUGAAGACCUCGAAGCAGAGAUCUUUCUUCAUUUGUUGCAUGAUUUCCCAAGUGAAGAGCUUGAAGCUUUUCCAGGCUUAUUAGAAUUCUCCAGAACAUCCAAUGCCGAAGGUGGUUUAGAACUUGGACUCAGUCGAUGGAAAGUACAGGCUCUUUCAGCUUUGAAAGAUGUCCGAUCAGUGGUUUUGAAGGGUGGUGGUAUAGUCACUUUGGCAAAGAUUCUUCAACUGUUAUCAAAGAGAUUAUCCGGAAAGGUGUUUGCAGAAGCUGCAAAUUAUCAGAUAAAAAGGGAAGUUAUUAAAAAGGGUGGGCAGCUAGCUGCAAUUAAUUUAGAGUCUCGAGCAGCAAUGCUUGCUGCAAAACAGGGUUUGGUCGGUGCUGCAUCAAGAUAUAUAGGUCUCAGAAGCAUGAUGACUUUACUCGGCCCAAUGCUUUGGGGAACAUUUCUGGCUGAUGUUGUCAUUCAAAUGCUAGGAACAGAUUAUGCUAGAAUCUUACGAGCAAUUUAUGCUUUUGCCCAGAUUCGUAUUACGCGCACAUACAAUUUUUCAUCUGGAUCUGAUGAAAAUAAUGAACAUUUUUAGCAUUUGGAAGACUUCAUGUUUGACAUAUUAACCGUAGAUCUAGAGCUUCUGUUGCUUCCGAGCAGCAUUAACAAUGAAGAUAUGUGGAUUUUUCUAUUCAGUGUCCCAAGCUUAGGUUUGUACUUUGUAGAUAUUCUUUGUGAGAAUUUCCACUGUAAAUAUUUAUCUCUUGGUUCUGUUUAACAUAUAAAUGUUUUGCUUUAGGUUCCUCUAUAUAUUUAAUUAGCUCGGGAAUUGUACUUGCAAAAUUGAAAAUCAGCGCCAUGUAUAUGUGAAAACAUUUAGAAAAGUUCAAUAA